UGCUCCCUUUCGCCGCUUUCGCCGCGAGCAAGAGCAGCAAAGAUCUGCGGCACGACCUUCUGGAUGGCUACGACCCUCUCGUCCCGCCAACAGCAGGUGCGGACGUACUCGUGAAUCUCCGCGUAUUCAAGGUGGUUGGCGUGAGUGCGGCGUCCAGCCAUAUGCUGCUCAAAGUAUGGUUUCGGCAGAGCUGGACGGACCCGCGACUGGUUUGGUCGCCGGGCGAUUAUGACAACGUGACGUCAGCCUACUUCCGCGCCGCCAGCCGAUACGACGGCGCAUCGAACAAUCGCGGCGUGAACGAGAUCUGGCUGCCCGACAUCCGGCCGUAUAACCUGGGCGAGGGGUUCGAGGAUACGCUGCAGCCGUCAGACGUCCUCGUUAACCACACGGGUGGCGCCUUUUGGUCACGGCCGGGCGUGAUGGACGUGCUCUGCAAGUUUGACGGGCUCGCGCGCUUCCCGUUCGACCACAAGCUGACUUGUCCGAUCGACGUGGGCGGGUGGAUGCUCGACGGACAGCGGCAGCGCGUCGGCCUGUUGGACGGCGGAUACGAGGGCGACUUCGUCGAGGACGAUGUCGACUCCUCCGCCACCUUGGUGGAGGCUAGCGCGGGCUCCUCGUUCACGGAGUGGGACCUGCUUUCCCUGUCUGCUGUCGUGCGCAACCUGACUUAUGUCUGCUGCGGCGACGACCCGUGGCCCGUCGUCCUGUACGAAGCGGCGCGACGCGAGCGCGACGCGGCUGCAACUCCCCUUUCUAGGCGCAACGCCUCCUUCUUUUACUUCUACGUCCUCAUCUUCCCGCCGACCACCCUUGCGAUCCUCGCCAUCUCCGUCUUCUUCGUCUCGCCAGCGGUUGGUGAGCGGCUCUCGUUCGGGGUCACUCUCGUGGUGGCGUCCCAGUUCGGCGCGUGCAAGCUCGUCGUGAUGCAGCUCAUGCCUAUCUGCUCCGAGCUCCUCUGGGUGGAUGUCUUCCUCCUCAUCAACGAGCUCGUCACCCUCCUCUCCCUCCUCGAGUCGACUCUCGUCCUCUUCCUCCACCACUACGAGCUGCUCGGCCUCUUCCAGGCAGCACCGCAAACGGCGGCGGUCGAAGAGAGUGGCGCCCCCGCGGAGCGUGAGCAAAGCCGGGCGGAGAGCAAGGCGGAGCGUGGCUCCGACGGGAGGGACGCCCCGUCGGGCGACGGCCCCACCCCGGGAGGCGACGCCAUUGCCGGCCCAUCGGCGGAGCUUGGCUCAGUGGGCCACAAGGCGGCUGCGGCCGUCGCCGCCGCCGACACGGAGGUGUCUCCCGUGGUGGAGGCGGCCCUCGCCGAGGCGGCGGUCCGCGCCGCGGGCGCGACUGCCGCGCGCGGCCGAGGAACCAAGUAUCACAAGCGCCGCUUCCGGCUGCACGAGCGGCAGGCGCAGCGGCUGCUCUACUACGAGAAGCUCUUCUUCGUGCUCGACAACGACGGCGCCGGCUACGUCGAUGGCGCGACCGCCGAUCGCUUCCUCUCCUUCGUGGCUUUUGAGCUAGACGCGCCCACGCGGCGACGGCGCAUCCUUGAGGCCGUCUCCUUUGACCUGGACGCCGCAGCGCUGGCGGCCGAGAGGCCGGCGCCGGUGGCGCGGCGCUGGUCGAUAGAGGCCAAGGCGACGAUGCGAUUGCGCGGCGGCGAGCUGUUCCUCUCUCGCAUGCAGUUCGUGCAGCUGUGCAUGGGCACGCUCGGUCGGUGCGGUCUCGACAAGCCGCUCGAGGAGGUGCAGAUGGCCUUCGCCACGUUCGACAUGGCACACACGGUGGGAAGACGGCGCGCGCUGGCCUACUGGCGCGGCGUGGGGCGCCGGAUCGACGCGGCGUCUCGGGUGGUCUUCACGGUGGGGUACUCGGUGGGGCUGCUCGCGCUCUACAACCUCAACAGGGAGUCAGCGCCGCUCUGGUCGAUGAGCGCGCUGAGCAUCCUCGCCACCGUCGCGACACCGUGCGCCGUCGUCGCCACCUUUGGCGCUUGCCUCUGGGCGCGGAGCAUGCGCCAGCGGACGCGCGCCCAGGGGAUGCCUCGCAUGGCAGUGGAGGCGGUGGCGGCGAUGCGGGAGAGGAGAGGCGGGGCCUUUGGUGAGAGCCGGGGCCGCUCGUUCAAGACGACUGGGGAUGGUGCACGCGUGUGAGAGGAAGUUCAAAACAUACUUUACGCCAGU